CCCCUUUUGAUUUAUUACUCGCACAUAGUCUCUGUCCUUCGAUUCUUUCUCUCUCUUUCUCUCUCUCUCUCUCUCUCUCUCACACACACACCUCCUUUUAACCGAGCCCUCUCUCUCUCUCUCUCAUAUGACGUCCUGAAGGUUUACCUUCCUCGGCUUGCUUCUGACAAGUAAUGUACACCAAUCACAUGAAGGACACGAACAACAACUGCAACAAGUCUCUUCUCAAUGACCAGAAGGAGAAGCUCAUACAGGCGAUUAAGAAGAUUAAGCAUGAAGUUGAUGAAUGCCAUGAAGCAGAGAAAGACACUUAUGCAGAUGCAAUCGAUGUGGAGAAUCAGUUUGAGGACAUGGAGCGGGAAAUCCGAGCGGAGUUCCAGAACCUUCAUAACUUCCUGGAUGAAGAGGAGGACAGGGACCUGGAACGGCUGAGGAAAGAGAGGGACAGACGAAUGAAAAUGCUGAAGGAGAGAGAGAGGAAGAUUGCCACGCAGGGACGAGACCUGGAGAGGGCCAUCGGGACUCUGAACAGCAAGCUAGCAGAAGACGACAGUCCCAAACUACUAAAGGAAAUCAAAGAUCUCCUAAAGAGAUGUGAAGUGAAUUUUGUACGCCCGGCUCCAGUGGACAGCGAGAUUUGCACAGGACAGUUUGUGGGUCCUAUACAGUACAAGAUCUGGAAACACAUGAAGGCUUCUCUCUAUCCAAACAUAUCGUUGUUGACCUUCGACCCUGAGACCGCUCACCCGCUGCUGACACUGUCUGCUAACAACACAACGGUGUAUUUCGAGGAGGACAAGGAAACGGUUGCAGAUGAGAACAAGAAACGUUUCCACUAUUACUACUGCGUGAUGGGCCGAGAGGGCUUCAUGCACGGUCGCCAUUACUGGGAGGUGGAGGUGCGAGGCAAGACCGCAUGGCGCCUGGGCGUGGCCAGGGAGGACGUGUGCCGUGGCGAGAUGAACUCAUCCACCACAGCAAAUGGGCUGUGGACACUGGCGCUGAAGGACGGCUCAAUCGUAGCCUGCACCGACCCCAAGCCCACGUUCAUACGUACCGCCACUCUGCCCACCCGCAUUGGCGUCUUCCUGGACUGCGACAAGGAGGAGGUGUCCUUCUACGACGCUCUCACCAUGACGGCGCUCUUCUCGUUCUCCAUGGAUUCCAUUCUAAUACCCAUUUACCCGUUCUACAACCCUUGCGAUACAGACGACGGAAGGAACACCGCCCCGAUCACCAUCUUCCAUCCCUCGCUCUGACACAAGGAUUGAACUGAUGGACUUGCAGCUCUUUUAAGUUUAACUUAGAAUUUUCUCAGAAAGGCUAU